GUUGGUACAGAGGAUAUACCCUCCAAAAUAAAUCUAAAAAGGGUAUUUUCCCGGAAACGUACAUCCAUUUGAAAGAGGCAACCGUGGAAGACCGAGGGCAGCAUGAGACCGUGAUUCCUGGUGAGCUCCCCCUGGUGCAGGAGCUGACGGCGACUCUGCGAGAAUGGGCUGUCAUCUGGCGCAAGCUCUAUGUGAACAACAAGCUCACCCUCUUCCGCCAGCUGCAGCAGAUGACAUACAGCCUGAUCGAGUGGCGGUCCCAGAUCCUGUCUGGGACACUCCCCAAGGACGAACUGGCAGAGCUCAAGAAGAAGGUCACGGCCAAAAUUGAUCAUGGCAACAGGAUGCUUGGGUUAGAUCUGGUAGUGCGUGAUGACAACGGGAACAUCUUGGACCCGGAUGAAACCAGCACCAUUGCACUCUUCAGGGCCCAUGAAGUGGCCUCAAAAAGGAUUGAGGAAAAAAUACAAGAAGAAAAGUCCAUUCUGCAGAACCUGGACUUGCGGGGCCAGUCCAUCUUCAGCUCUGUCCACACUUAUGGCCUCUACGUGAACUUCAAGAACUUCGUCUGCAACAUCGGGGAGGACUCAGAGUUGUUCAUGGCCCUGUACGACCCCGACCAGUCCACUUUCAUCAGUGAGAACUAUCUAAUUCGUUGGGGCAGUAAUGGGAUGCCCAAGGAAAUAGAGAAGCUCAAUAACCUUCAAGCAGUGUUUACUGACCUCAGCAGCACAGACCUCAUCCGGCCCCGCAUCAGCCUCGUGUGCCAGAUUGUCCGGGUGGGCCACAUGGAGCUGAAGGAGGGCAAAAAACACACCUGUGGGCUCCGAAGACCUUUCGGAGUAGCAGUGAUGGAUAUUACUGAUAUCAUACAUGGAAAGGUGGAUGAUGAAGAAAAGCAGCAUUUUAUUCCCUUUCAGCAAAUUGCCAUGGAAACCUAUAUCCGGCAGAGGCAGCUGAUCAUGUCACCCUUGAUAACCUCACAUGUGAUUGGAGAGAAUGAGCCUCUCACUUCAGUCCUGAAUAAAGUGAUAGGAGCAAAGGAUGUGAAUCACAAAGGACAAGGACUUUGGGUGUCUUUGAAGCUAUUGCCAGGUGACCUCACACAAGUUCAGAAGAAUUUUUCACACUUGGUUGAUAGAUCAACAGCAAUAGCCCGAAAAAUGGGAUUUCCUGAAAUAAUACUGCCAGGAGAUGUUCGGAAUGAUAUUUAUGUCACCCUAGUCCAUGGGGAAUUUGACAAAGGGAAAAAGAAGACGCCAAAGAACGUGGAGGUGACCAUGUGCGUGUACGACGAGGAGGGCAGGCUCUUGGAGAAUGCAAUUCAUCCAGGUGCUGGAUACGAAGGCAUUUCAGAAUACAAGUCAGUAGUCUAUUACCAAGUCAAGCAGCCCUGUUGGUAUGAGACUGUCAAGGUAUCCAUUGCUAUAGAAGAAGUCACACGCUGUCACAUAAGAUUUACCUUCCGGCACAGGUCAUCUCAGGAAUCCAGAGAUAAAUCGGAGCGAGCAUUUGGGGUGGCCUUCGUGAAACUGAUGAAUCCAGAUGGCACCACUCUGCAGGAUGGGAGGCAUGAUCUGGUGGUUUAUAAGGGUGACAACAAGAAAAUGGAAGAUGCUAAAUUCUACUUGACCCUGCCUGGGACCAAGGUGGAGAUGGAAGAAAAAGAGCUCCAAGCAUCCAAAACCCUGGCCAGCUUUACUCCGAGCAAGGAUAGCACAAAAGAUAGCUUCCAGAUCGCCACCCUCAUUUGCUCCACAAAGCUCACCCAGAACGUUGACCUGUUAGGCUUGUUAAAUUGGCGUUCCAACUCCCAGAACAUUAAACACAACCUAAAGAAGUUAAUGGAGGUGGAUGGAGGAGAGAUUGUGAAGUUUUUGCAAGAUACACUAGACGCACUCUUUAACAUAAUGAUGGAAAUGUCAGACAAUGAAACAUAUGACUUCCUUGUGUUUGAUGCACUGGUAUUUAUUAUUUCACUGAUAGGAGACAUCAAGUUCCAGCAUUUUAAUCCUGUACUUGAAACCUACAUUUACAAGCACUUCAGUGCCACUCUGGCGUAUGUGAAACUCUCCAAGGUACUGAACUUUUAUGUGGCUAACGCAGAUGACUCCAGCAAGACAGAAUUGCUGUUUGCUGCUUUGAAAGCCUUGAAGUACUUAUUUAGAUUCAUCAUCCAGUCACGUGUACUCUACUUGAGAUUUUAUGGCCAGAGUGAAGAUGGAGAUGAAUUUAAUAAUUCAAUCCGCCAGUUAUUUCUUGCUUUCAAUACGCUGAUGGACAGGCCCUUGGAGGAAGCUGUCAAGAUCAAGGGGGCAGCUUUGAAGUACCUUCCUAGCAUAAUUAAUGAUGUCAAACUUGUGUUUGAUCCUGUUGAGCUCAGUGAGCUCUUCUGCAAGUUUAUUCAGAGCAUUCCUGACAACCAGUUAGUGCGGCAGAAACUUAACUGCAUGACCAAGAUAGUGGAGAGCAGUCUUUUUCAGCAGUCGGAAUGCAGAGACGUGCUGCUGCCGCUGCUGACGGACCAGCUCAGCGGCCAGUUGGACGACCACUCCAGCAGGCCUGACCAUGAGGCCAGCUCUCAGCUGCUGAGCAGCAUCCUGGAGGUGCUGGACAGGAAGGAUGUGGGCCCCACGGGCAUGCACAUCCAGCUCAUCAUGGAGCGGCUGCUGAGGAGGGUCAACCGGACCGUGAUUGGGAUGAGCCGGCAGUCUCCCCACAUCGGGAGUUUUGUGGCUUGCAUGAUUGCCAUCCUCCAGCAGAUGGACGACAGCCACUACAACCACUAUAUCAGCACUUUCAAAACCAGACAAGACAUCAUUGACUUCCUCAUGGAAACUUUUAUCAUGUUUAAGGAUCUGAUCGGGAAGAAUGUCUAUGCCAAAGAUUGGAUGAUCAUGAAUAUGACACAGAGCAGGGUUUUUUUCCGUGCUAUAAAUCAGUUUGCUGAAGUUCUCACAAAAUUCUUCAUGGAUCAGGCAAGCUUUGAACUUCAGCUCUGGAACAACUACUUCCAUUUGGCGGUAGCAUUUCUCACCCAUGAGUCCCUUCAGCUUGAAACCUUCUCACAAGCCAAGCGCAACAAAAUUGUAAAAAAAUAUGGGGACAUGAGAAAGGAAAUCGGCUUUAGGAUCCGGGACAUGUGGUAUAACCUAGGUCCCCACAAAAUCAAAUUCAUCCCAUCCAUGGUGGGUCCCAUUCUGGAGGUCACUCUGACACCCCAAGUAGAGCUCCAGAAAGCCACAAUCCCUAUUUUCUUUGAUAUGAUGCAGUGUGAGUUCAAUUUCAGUGGGAACGGCAACUUCCAUAUGUUUGAGAAUGAGUUGAUCACAAAGCUGGACCAAGAGGUAGAAGGGGGCAGAGGAGAUGAACAAUACAAGGUUCUUCUGGAAAAACUGCUCCUAGAACAUUGCCGGAAACAUAAAUACCUGUCCAGCUCCGGGGAAGUGUUCGCCCUGCUGGUGAGCAGCCUCUUGGAGAAUCUGCUGGACUACAGAACCAUCGUCAUGCAUGACGAGAGCAAGGAGAACCGCAUGAGCUGCACCGUGAACGUGCUGAAUUUUUAUAAAGAAAAGAAAAGAGAGGACAUAUACAUAAGAUAUUUGUACAAGCUCCGAGAUUUGCACCGAGACUGUGAGAACUACACAGAAGCUGCCUACACACUUCUCUUACACGCUGAGCUUCUGCAGUGGUCUGACAAGCCCUGUAUGCCCCAUUUGCUUCAGAGGGACAGUUACUAUGUGUAUACCCAGCAGGAACUUAAAGAAAAGUUGUAUCAAGAAAUAAUAUCAUAUUUUGACAAAGGCAAAAUGUGGGAGAAGGCAAUCAAACUGAGCAAGGAGCUGGCUGAGACUUACGAGAGCAAAGUGUUUGACUACGAGGGCCUUGGCAAUCUCCUGAAAAAAAGAGCCUCAUUUUAUGAGAACAUCAUUAAGGCAAUGAGGCCUCAGCCUGAAUACUUUGCUGUCGGAUACUACGGACAGGGCUUUCCUUCUUUCCUACGGAAUAAAAUCUUCAUCUACCGGGGGAAGGAGUAUGAGAGGCGAGAAGACUUCAGCCUGAGGUUGCUGACACAGUUUCCCAACGCUGAGAAGAUGACCAGUACCACGCCCCCUGGAGAGGACAUCAAGGCCUCGCCAAAGCAGUACAUACAGUGCUUCACCGUGAAGCCGGUGAUGAGCCUGCCACCUGGCUACAAGGAUAAGCCCGUUCCGGAGCAGAUCUUAAACUACUACAGAGCCAAUGAAGUACAGCAAUUCAGAUAUUCCCGGCCCUUCCGGAAAGGAGAAAAGGAUCCAGACAAUGAAUUCGCUACCAUGUGGAUUGAGCGGACCACAUAUACUACUGCAUAUACCUUCCCCGGGAUUCUCAAGUGGUUUGAAGUCAAACAGAUUUCAACAGAGGAAAUCAGCCCCUUGGAGAAUGCCAUCGAAACCAUGGAACUGACCAACGAGAGGAUCAGCAACUGUGUUCAGCAGCACGCCUGGGACCGAUCCCUCUCUGUGCAUCCACUCUCCAUGCUGCUGAAUGGCAUUGUGGACCCAGCUGUCAUGGGGGGAUACUCCAACUAUGAAAAGGCUUUUUUUACAGAGAAGUACUUGCAGGAGCACCCUGAAGACCAGGAGAAGGUUGAGCUGCUGAAGCGACUGAUAGCAUUGCAGAUGCCUCUGCUGACGGAGGGGAUCCGCAUCCACGGGGAGAAGCUGACGGAACAGCUCAAGCCGCUGCAUGCCCGCUUGUCCACUUGCUUCCGGGAACUCAAGGAGAAAGUGGAAAAGCUCUAUGGGGUCAUAACACUG